AUGGCCUCUUCCCAGCCAGUGCCCAAGACCUGCAAGGUCAUUCUGGCAGACACAAUCGCCAAAGGGCUUCUUGCCGAAGUCCAGGACACACUCAAGACGGUGCAGCAAGACACCACCAACCGGCCGACACUGGUUGCCUUUCUGGCCAAUGAUGACCCUGCUGCGGUCAAGUACGCGGAAUGGUCACAGAAGACCUGUGAAGAGAACGGAUUCCACUUCGAGCUCCGCCAGGUGGACAAGGACGCGCUGGAAGAAGAGAUCAUGACUGCCAAUGAUGAUGACAAGGUUGACGGCAUUUUGGUCUACUAUCCCAUCUUCCCGGGUAACCCAGCCCAUGAUCGGUACAUCCAGGAGACUGUCUCCCUGAGCAAGGAUGUUGAGGGUCUCUGCCACAAGCACAUCUCCAACAUGUACUACAACGUCCGGUUCCUUGACCCCCCUCACAACCAGAAGAAGUCGAUCCUGCCUUGCACCCCCUUGGCGGUGGUCAAGAUCCUGGAGUACCUGCAAAUCUACAACUCCAUCCUCCCUUAUGGCAACAGGCUCUUUGGGAAGACCAUCACAGUGAUCAACCGAUCCGAGGUGAACGGCAGACCGCUGGCCGCCCUCCUAGCCAACGACGGAGCUACCGUAUACUCCGUGGACCUGACUGGCGUCCAGGUCUUCACCCGUGGCCAGGGUAUCAAGCAGCUCAGGCACCAGGUGCAGGAGAAGGAGGGCUGGGGCCUGGAGCAGUGCGUCCCCAUCAGCGAUGUCAUCAUCGGCGGUGUCCCCACGGAGAAGUACAAGGUGCCCACGGAGCUGAUCCGAGACGGGGCCGUGUGCAUCAACUUCUCGUCCUUCAAGAACUUUGAUGGGCCCGCCAUCAAGGAGAAGGCCUCGAUCUACGUGCCCUCGGUCGGCAAGGUCACGAUUGCCGUCCUGCUGAGAAAUCUAGUGAGGCUCAUUGCCAACUCCCCAUCCACGAAACCAGACGGCUCUGCCGAUGAGUCGCUGGCCAAGGCUAAGAGCGAGGCGUUCGUCGAUGGUUGA